CUCUGCGCCGCCGCCGCUCUCGCGAGAUCCGCGCGCCCCGCCCCGCCCCCUCCCGCGCCCUGAAGAGGCGCCGCCCGCGCGGCCCCGCCCACCCCGCGCGAUGCCGCCGCCCCGCGCCGCGCUGCUCCGCGUGCUGCUGUGCGCCCGGCUCUGCGCCGCCGCCUUCCGCAGCCCCGGCGAGUUCCGCCUGGCCGGGCUCUUCCAGAUCCACGCGCUGCGGCCCGGCCGGCCGCUGGCGCACGGCUGCGGCGUGUGAGUGAGCGGGGGGCGGCGGCGGCGGAGGGAGCGCGGCGGCGUGCCGUGCCCCGCACACCUCAACCCGUUCGUGCUCGCAGCGCUGCCGCCUUCAGGAGCCACGGCUACCACCUCUCGCAGAUGAUGCGCUUCGCCGUGGAGGAGAUCAACAACUCCAGCGCGCUCCUCCCCAACGUCACGCUGGGCUACGAGAUCCACGACACCUGCACGGAGGCGGCCAACCUGCACGGCACGCUGCGCGCGCUCGGCCGGGAGGGGCGGCACGACGUGGAGGUGCUGAGCGCCCCGCAGCGCUACGAGCCCCGCGCCGUGGCCGUCAUCGGGCCCGACAGCACUCAGCUGGCGCUCACCACGGCCGCCAUCCUGGGCGUCUUCCUCGUGCCGGAGAUCAGCUACGAAGCCUCUCUGGAGAUGCUGAGCACGAAGCGGUUCUACCCCUCGUUCCUGCGCACCAUCCCCAGCGACGGGCAGCAAGUGAAGGCCAUCGGGCUGCUGCUGCAGCGCUUCGGGUGGACGUGGGUCGCUCUGGUGGGCAGUGACAACACCUAUGGUAGGGAUGGGCUCAACGCCCUCUCCGAGCUGCUGGCCGCCACCGAUGUGUGCGUGGCCUACCGAGGUGUCAUCCCCACAACCAAGGAUGCCGGCAGCCCGGAGCUCCGCAAGCUGAUCCAAACCCUUGUGGACAGCAGGGUCAACGUCACCGUCGUCUUCUCCAACCGGAGGAACGCCCAGCCCUUCUUUGAGGCAGUGGUGCAGGAGAACAUCACAGGAAUGGUGUGGGUGGGCUCUGAGGACUGGUCUUUAGCCCAAACCAUCUGGCAGGUGCCCGGCAUCCAAAAUAUCGGCUCUGUGAUUGGCAUUUCUGUUGAGCAGGCAGAGCCCACCAUGCUGAAACGCCUUGAAUCGUGGGAAAAUGCAAGGGAACGUGCCGUGUCUGGAAGUGCUGGCAGCACGGGGGUGGGGGGUGGCAAUGGAGCGAGCAGCAGCGACGGCAUCCAGCUGAACUGCACCCAGCACUGCCCAGGAUGUCACCUGCUCGCCGAUACCCCAGACAUAUAUGACAUUCAGGCCUCUUACAACGUAUACUCUGCUGUGUAUGCAGUGGCCCAUGGCCUCCACAACCUGCUGGGCUGCGCCUCAGGGGUGUGCAGCAAAGGCAGAGUCUAUCCCUGGCAGCUCCUACAAAAAAUCAAGCAGGUAAACUUCAGCCUGCACAAGAGCUACAUCUCAUUUGAUGCCAACGGGAACAUUCGUAAAGGUUAUAACAUCAUUGCAUGGAAUUGGAGAGGCCAGAGUUGGGCUUUUGAUGUGGUUGGAGCUUUCACUGUGAACCCCAACCGGCUGCACAUUGACCAGAGCAAAAUCCUGUGGCACACAAAAGAUCACCAGCAGGUUCCUGUCUCAGUCUGCUCCUGGCCCUGUGCAGCUGGGGAGAUGAGGCUGCAGCAGAACCGCCACAGGUGCUGCUUCAGCUGUGUGGCCUGUCCAGCAGGGACCUUCCUGAACAGAACAGGUCAGUAAACCCUUGGCAGCCUCUCCCUCCCCUUCCUUAUUGCUCAGUUUCUCUACCUGCACCCUUCCUUUUCAUCACGCCAGUUCCUUGCUUCUGCCUUACCCUCUCCCUGCACCUGGCCUCUGCAGUUACCUCUUUUUUUUCCUUUUUUUUUUUUUUUUUUUACUUCCUAUGAGCAGUAAAAAACCUCUGAGCUCACCUUAA